AUGUUUGCUUGGAAGAUCUUACAUAAUGCCAUUCCUACUGCUGCGUUGCUUAGGCUUAAGGGCCUUCCUAUCGACCCAAUGUGUGUGCUUUGUGGUUGGGAUCCGAAAUCGGUUGAACACUUAUUCCGGGAUUGUCUUUUCACUAAAAUGAUUUGGGGUAAGGUUGCUUGGAGUUCUCUCCCUAACCUGGUGACUGCUUCUCCUUUCUAUAUUUGGUUUGUUGAGUUUGUGUCUAGUUUGGCUGAUGUUAAGAACUGGGGUUGUUUGGACAAUUUCUUUGGUUUAUGUUGGGCUAUUUGGCUGACUAGGAACAAUUUUCGCUUUCGGUCGGAGGUCUAUUCUCCUCAAACUGUGCUUGAUUUGGCUUCUACUUACAGUAAGCGCAGUGAAGAUGCUAGGAAAUUUGGUUUAUCUCCAUUGUCUUCUCCUCCGGGAUUUUCAAUCCCUCUUGGGCUCCAUGUUCUUAGAGGUUCUCUUCACGAUUCUUGGUAUGUGUCUCUUGUCUUUGACGGUGCCUGGGAUCGGGGUACUCAUUCGCCAGGUGCAGGUUGGGUUUUUCGAGAUCCAAUUUCUGCUCAAACCUUUGCUGGUGGGGCCAAGGCUACUGUUACUAAUUCUCCGUUUCAUUCCGAGUUGUUAGCUUGUCUGUGGGGCCUCAAGCAUGCUUCUAGGAUGGGUGUUACUCAUCUUCAAAUGUAUACUGAUAGUAUGCUCCUCACUACUUCUCUUUUGGAUUCUGGUUCUAGAGAUAUCUAUGUGGUUUGGGUGCUAGAAGAGAUUCGGGAGUCCUUGUCUGCCUUUUCUACUUGUCUGAUUCAGAAAGUCUCCAGAUCGGGUGUACUUAAACCUAUUAGCUCAAAUGGUAGAGCACUAUGCAAAAAUGCAUAG